AUCCAAUAAUAAUAAUAAGUUAAUUACAGGUAGAAGACGCGAGAGUGAGUGAGGGUAGCAGGUGAGGUGAAGGGUGAAGAGUGAAGAAGCAGCAAUAAUGCAACGCGCAAGAUCGCUCCUAACAAGGUUUAAUCCAAUUGCAUACAGAUACAGAUACAGAUGCCAAAGCCGAACCCUGUGUUCUUCUUCGAACGAGGAAGUUGUGGUUGUUGAAGGAAACGGUUACUCGAGAAUGGCAAUUCUCAACAGACCCACGGCUCUCAACGCCCUCAACACCUCCAUGGUGGCUACCCUCAGCAAACUUUACCGAGCCUGGGAAGAUAACCCCGACGUUGGCUUUGUCACCAUCAAGGGCAGUGGUCGGGCAUUUGCAGCUGGCGGUGAUAUUGUCGCCAUUUACCAUUUCAUCAACAGAGCCAACAUGGAAGCCUGCAAGGAAUUCUUCCGAACAAUAUAUCGUUUUAUUUACGUCAUAGGUACAUAUAUGAAGCCACAUAUCGCUCUUCUGAAUGGCAUUACCAUGGGUGGUGGAGCUGGAAUUUCAAUCCCCGGCACUUUUCGAGUUGCAACCGACAAAACUAUUUUUGCUACCCCUGAAGUUCUUAUUGGAUUUCACCCUGAUGCUGGAGCAUCUUUCUACCUUUCACAUUUACCUGGUCACUUAGGCGAAUACUUGGCCCUAACAGGGGAAAAGCUCAAUGGAGUAGAGAUGGUUACUUGUGGACUUGCUACACACUACUCACUAAGUGCAAGGCUCCCGUUAAUUGAAGAACAGCUGGGGAAAUUAGUUACUGAUGAUCCUUCUGUAAUUGAAACCACUUUAGAACAGUAUGGUGACCUUGUACACCCAGAUAGCAGUAGUGUACUUCAAAGGAUUGAAGUUGUAGAUAAAUGCUUUUGCCAUGACACAGUGGAAGAGAUUGUUGAUUCUUUGGAAAGAGUGGCAAGUGAAACAAAUGAUGCAUGGUGCAUUUCUACCCUAAAUAGACUUAAAGAAGCUUCGCCAUUGAGCCUGAAGGUUUCCUUGAGAUCAAUACGAGAGGGUAGAUUUCAGACUCUUGACCAGUGCUUGUCGCGUGAGUACCAUAUGACUUUACAAGCAACAUCUAAGCAGAUUUCUGGUGACUUUUGUGAGGUAAUGAACAUUGCCAGUAGUACAAAUCCAACAUCACUCAAAGAUGAGGUUUCUAGAUGGUUUAUAAAUGGGAUAAGGGCUCGUGUGGUGGACAAGGACUUUGCACCAAAGUGGGAUCCUCCAACAUUGGAAAAGGUGUCUCAAGACAUGGUGGAUCAGUACUUCUCACCUCUAACUGAAUUUGAACCUGGUCUAGGGCUCCCCACAAAAGUUCGAGAAGCAUUUUUGUAGUUUCUCUUUAUCUUGAAAUGCUUCAAAAGCUACAACCAUUGAUAUUGGUCAAUCUUGCUCUCCAAUAAACAAUCCUUUUGGAUAAGAGAGAAAAUUGGAGGAUUGAUGUCUCUGAAAGUGGCUCUCUGGAUGAACAUCUUUAGUCUUCGAAAAAGGAAAUGACGAAAUUGAUAUUCAUAUAAGCAAUUCUUAAUGUACGUCUUAGAGAGAUUUUAUUGGUACUGUUGCUACUAUUGCCUAGCAAUUAAAUAGGGAUAUUUAUGGUUCGGAUUUGAUUUGCAUAUUCGCAUUAUUUAUCCAAAUUCGAUCCGAAAAUUACGGAUAUUAA